CAGAAUGUCUCAGAUCAUGAGGGGCUCCCUGCUCUCCUUGUCAGCAGCCUUGCUUCUUCUGCUGCCCUGGUUCAAUGGUCUGGCAGAAGGUGAGGUUAAGAAGGGCUUCAAGGACUGUCUGCGCUUCUUCUACAACAAAAAGCUACCGACCGGUUUAGGUGGAGAUUACAGCGAUCUCAGAGAGUACCAGCCGAUUUGCCAGCGCUACAAGAAUGACUGGCGCUUUGCCAGUCUGUAUCACAAGAAGAGUCGGACUCCUUUGUUCUCCGCCUACAUAAUGUCUCCUGGAGAAGGAGGGCGGCCUGAUGACCCCUGGAUGUAUGAACCACGGUUGGCCAAUCCCAAGAGCAGUUGGGAAAUGCAACCUUUCCAAACUCCUGUUCCUAAAGAUGUCAUUGAAAGCCAAGCGGUCCUUGACGACUACAAGAACUCAGGCUUCACCAGAGGACAUCUCGCUCCUAGUAGCCACCAGAACACGAAAGAGGACAAAGAAGCCACCUUUACUUUGACAAACAUUGUUCCCCAGAAGGAAGAAUCCAAUUCAGGCCCCUGGAAAACAUGGGAGGAAAAAGUCAGGAAAAGUUUUAAGAACUACUGCAAAGGUGAAAUGUAUGUUAUAACUGGUGUCAUUCCUUAUGAGUCCAACACACCCCUGAUCAAUGGCAGAGUGGCUGUUCCUGAGUACAUUUGGUCUGCUUACUGCUGCCCCAAAUAUGCAUCAAAGCUCCCUGAAGAAGAGCAGAAGUUCUUUCCUGCAUAUGGUGCAGUGGGAAGAAAUGAUCCCAACAGCAAUGACAAGAUUGUGAAAAAGACAGAGAAUUAUCAUGGUUAUGAGGUGAGGGAGAUGCCAUUGGAAAACUUAGAGAGCGUCCUGAAAAAGAGAAUGAACAGGAAAGGAGAUGGCGUCAAUCUGUUUGAUUCAAAAUGUCCCAAACCUAAAAAACCCUGAAUAAGG